AUGGAACCCAGGCUUCAGACCAAGCGCGGCCUCCGUAAGCCCAACCUUGUGAUCCUGGCCAAGAAGGAGAUAAUUGUCCUGGAUAUACAGAUACGACCUGACUGUCGUAUGCACUCUGGAUGCAUGCAACAGGGAAAAGAUCGCGAACGUCUGCAACACCAGCUAACAUUCAGCCGACUGCAUAAGGGCGAGCUCGUCAAAGGAGACAAAGCAGUUCGUCGGGCCGUCCGCAAGUGGCUUCGGCUGCCGGCGGAUUGUCUCAAUUCCACGAUACACACUCCCGCGAGAUUCGGCGGUUUGGGGGUGAACUCUUUAGAAACAUUAUAUUCCACACUGAAAGAAAGCCGCCUAUCCCAGUUGUCGUAUGAAGAAGAUGCUGCAAUAGCGUCUAAUCCUGCUGUGCGAGGUCUGAUGUCCUACAAAUUUAAAGGAUCUGUAAUGUCAUCCCGAGAGGGUCUGGUUGAAGAUUUCCACAGGAGAUUGGACACCAGGGGCCUACAGGGGUAUGAGAAGGUACCAGCUGUCAACAGCUGGCUGGACCAUGCCCCCACCAACUUGGCCGGACACGAUUUCCAGGAGGCUGUUAGAGUUCACCCAGGCUGUAUGGGCAUGCCAUCCCGGCUCAGCCGGGGUGGUCAUAAUGUCGACUCCAUCUGCAAAUGUGGUAGCAAUGCUCGUAUGAGCCUGCCCCGCAUCGCCCAAGCCUGCAGCAUCGUUAGCGGCCUCCGGAUAAAACGCCACAAUAACGUCGUACUAUACGUGGCACAGAUCCUAAAAGAGAGAAAAUUCGACGUGAUCAUGGAACCCAGGCUUCAGACCAAGCGCGGCCUCCGUAAGCCCGACCUUGUGAUCCUGGCCAAGGAGGAGAUAAUUGUCCUGGAUGUACAGAUACAACCUGACUGUCGUAUGCACUCUGGAUGCAUGCAACAGGGAAAAGAUCGCGAAGUACAAUCAGCCGUACGUUCUUGA